AUGACCACCAAAGCCAUCGUGUUCGUCGAGAAGGGCAAGGCCGAGAUCCGAGACGUCCCCAAGCCGAAGCUGCGCGACGACUACGUCCUCGUCAAGGUCAACGCCGUCGGGAUCAACCCCACGGACUGGAAGCACGUCGACUUCGGCAUCACCGACCCCGGCUCGAGAGUCGGGUGCGACUACGCCGGCGUCGUCGAGGAGGUGGGGAGCAAGGUCGAGAAGUCGUUCAAGAAGGGCGACCGUAUCAGCGGGGUAGUCCAUGGGAGUGACCAAACCAACUCGGAAAACGGCGCGUUCGCCAAUUACAUCGUCGCGAAGGGCGACGUCCAGAUCAAGACGCCCGACAACGUCAGCGACGAGGACGCCGCGACGCUCGGCAUCUCCAUCUGCACAGUCGGCCAAGGCCUCUACCGAACCCUCGGCCUCCCCCUCCCCGGCAAACAAACCACCGGAGACGACGACGGGGAGUACAUCCUCAUCUACGGCGGCAGCACGGCGACCGGCAUCUACGGCAUCCAGUUCGCCAGGCUCUCCGGGCUGCGCGUCGUCGCGACCUCGUCGCCGCGCAACUUCGACUACCUCAAGUCCCUCGGCGCCUCCGCCGUCUUCGACUACAACUCGCCCACCGUCGCGGCCGACAUCCGCGCCCACACCGGCGACAAUCUCAAACUCGCCUGGGACUGCACCGGGUUCGGCGGGCUCAUCUGCGCCGGGGCGCUGAGCAGUUCGCGGGGCGGCAAGUACGCGACGAUCGUGGGGGCGACGAAGAGGGAGGAGCUGCUGGCGGUGAAUCCCAAGGUGGACGGGCCGCACGCCACGCUUAUGUACUCGGUGUUUGGUGAGAGGUUUGUGAAGGGGGGGAGCGAGACGCCGGCGAAGCCUGAGGAGUUCGAGUUCGCCAAGAUGUUUUGGGAGGUCGCGAGGGGGUUGUUGGAGGAGGGGAGGGUGAGGGCGCCGAAGGUGUUCGCGAAUCGGGGCGGGAGCGGGUUGGAGGGGGUUUUGAAGGGGAUGGAUGAGUUGAGGGGGAAUAAGGUUAGUGGAGGGAAGCUGGUGUACACUUUGUAG